UUUUCUCGGAAGUUGGUGACUUGCAUGGAAUUUCAAGACCUUCUGUUUCCCGUAUUAUUCACAAUGUUUGUCUGGCUAUCAACGACACUUUCAAGAAUAUAUCAUUUCCUGAGCGGGUAGCAGAGUUGAGGGAGAUGAAGUCAGAGUUACACGACAUUGCAAAAAUGCCGAAUUGUGUUGGGGCUGUAGAUGGAACUCUCAUUGCCAUCAAAGGAAUGAGUGGGCCAGACGAAUCUGCAUAUGUUUGCAGAAAAAACUUCCAUGCACUGAAUAUACAGGCAGUCGCUGAUGCAAAGAUGAAAUUUCUUCACAUCAACGCUUCUUUUCCGGGCUCAACUUACGAUGCUUUUGUUUUGACGAACUGGGGACUUCCAAGAAGAAUUCAGUCUCUCCCUGAAGGCGGAUGGUUACUUGGAGAUUCCGGAUAUCCACUUAAGAAUUGGAUCCUCACCCCCUUCCCAUCUCCAAGCAACCAACAAGAGGAAAAGUUCAACGAGGCCCACGGAAGAACAAGGGUUGUCGUUGAGAGAGCUUUUGGGGUGUUUAAGUCAAGAUUCAGGUAA